AUGGCCCCGCUGGCGAGCGAACGCGGUGCCCCGGCGCGGGUCAAGGUCCAUCUGGCGUCGACCAGUUACCAGACCCGGGAAUGUGCCGGUGCCUGUACCACGCGUAGGGCACCCACUGCCAAAGCGCCUGCUCGCCGGGCCAUCUCGGGACCGUUCCUUCCCGCCUCUCCGGAGCAGCCGCGCCCUCAGCGGGCCGAGCCCAGCGGCCCUCGUCCGCGGAGUUGGGGGCGCAGCCAGGUCAGGCCCCGCGCACGCUCGGGUCUCCCGGACCGGGGCUGCGCUCAUCAGGCGCGCAGGGGCCGGACGCCGCGGCCCAUCCCUGCCAGAGCCCGGCCGCCUGGCGGUGGGGUGGCGGCGACCGCGCGGCGCGGCGCGGCGCAAUCGGAUCCGAGACUGAGGGCAGUCUCCUUUGCUGCUCCGCGGGCCCGGCCGGCCGGGCGGAGAAGGGGCGGCUCCUUCGGCAGGCUCGGCUCUCUCACGCGGCGGCCAGGAGGCGGGGAUCUGGAGGGGAACGAGGGCGCAGGGCCGCUGGGACGGAGGAGGGGGCGAGAGCGGCGGCGGGCGGCGGGGGCCGGGGUGGGGGGCGCUGGGAGCAGACGGCCAAGUCUUCGGGCAGGUGCAGCGGCCGUCCCCGGAGCGCAGUGCCCGCACAGCCGAACCUCUAGCCUCCCCGCGCCCGGGUCUGCCAGAUAUCCGAGCGCCGCGGAGCCGCCCCCAGCGUCAGCGCCCGCAGAUUGGCGGAGCCGCAACCCCGCGAGCCCGGGCCUACUCCGCUCCCUCUCUUUUCUCCUCCCCUCAGCCAAGCCCCGCGAUGCCUCUGCAGCUCCGGGCCCGCUAAGGAGAGGGCGCCUUCUUCCCGCGGUUCGCCGAGAAAAGACGAGGAAGGCGGAGGGCGCGGAUCCCGCGCACCAGGCUCCUGCAGCCGGAGAGGAGGGCUGCGGCGCUGCGGGCUCUACCGAGAUGCGCCCCCACUGCCCCCGGCCCCGGGCCAGGCCGCCGCCGCCGCGCCCAGGACCUCCGCCCGCGCGGGGCCGGCCGUACCAGCAGCAGCCUCUCGGCUCCUCCCCGAUGAGCCGAGGACCAGAACCCAGGCCAAGUCCCUCCCCGGAGCAGCUGGGCGUCUGCGCCGCCGGCUGAGUUCCCCGCCGGGCGGCGACCUUAUGCCCCCCGCCCCCGCCUCGGCCGCGUCCCCGCGCUCCCGGCAGCCUGCGAGGGGGAGGAGGAGGGGGCGUGGGGUCCGCCGCCGCUGCAGACAACGACAGGAGCCGGGUGCUGGACCCAAACCUGGAGGGGACGCCAGAGCCACGGCGAGGCUUUUGCACGCUGGGGCCCCACCCCACCUCAAGGGGACCACGCCUGCGCCUUAACUCUGGCAGCGCCGGCGCCGCGAGCUAGAAUUUGCUUGGCAUCGAGAGGUGCCCUGGGUGUUGGCAGGCGGCGCCUCCCUCACUUUGGGCCGGACAGUGUGUGUGUGUGUGUGUGUGUCUGUGUGUGUGUGUGUGUCCUUUGGCCUCACCAGAGGCUCCAAAUCGGCCACCCGCACCCAGAGGCAAGGUACUUCUGGGCCCACACAGCUUCUGGAGGCCCAGCUCCCAGGAAUGCUAGGGACCGUUAAUGCGACUUUUAGCCUAAAGGCCAAGGAUACAUUAGCGAAGGGCAAACACGGCACAAUGAUCAUUUAUCAUCUGGAGCCGGAGAGGGCGCUGGGAACCCUGUCCUGGCCUCAGGACUCAAGGUCAGAGCUUCUGCCUUCCCUCAUUAUUUCUAUUUUUAACGAUUGUGCUCAGGCCUCUUGCAAAAAUAGCAAGAGGUGAGAACAUUUCUAACACGAACCUGCUCCCCUUUGUUGGAAAACUGCGGGGAUGUGGGAAAAACUGGCCAGGAUCUGGGCAAUGUGGCAUCAAGUUGUCUCCUGCAUGGCUGGUGGCCCCCCCGCUUGCUGCUCAGCUGAACCUAACUAAGGGAGUGACAAGCAGGACUGGCCACAUCUGUGAUUAUUCCAAGGCAGCUGCUCCUGCAGAAACACAGAGUCUUUGUCAGCAUCCUGUGCCCUGGCCCAGUUUCCAUGACGGCCCUCGGUCCUCAGGCUGCUUGUCAGAGAAGAACCCAUCACUCUGACCAUGGUCAGGAGGCAGCUUGCCCGGGUCCUGGGAAACCCACUGCAUCGGCUCUGGCUCUACGUCCACCUCUCACCACGGCGCCCCUCCCCCACCCGUGAAGGCAGCUCCACAAAAGCAGAAAAUCAGUGCCGAUUCACAGGUUAGGGUGUAAACUCUCCCGCUACGACCUGGUUCAAGCCCCGCCUCCAGGACGGUCACAGCAUGGACAAGACAGCAGCAACGGUCAUUCCAGCUUCGGCCGUGGGGCCCCGCUCAGACGCGCGCCUGUCUCCUGGUGAAAUCCUGGAGGCUGUCCUUUCCACCGUCCUGUCUGCACGAGGAGGACACAGGGGUCAGCUUCCUGGGAGAAGGGAGUCGUCCGGAUGGCUGGUCCCCGGAGGGAUGACUUACUGCAUGAACAUCGAAAUCAGAUGAACCCUGACGGCGACAGCGAUGGUGCACGGGCCCCUCACCCCGAUACCCAGGACCCAGAGAGGAUCGGCUGGAAGUGAUGGACACGAAACCACCGCCCCCCGCCCCGGAUAAAGUGGCAGGAGCAGCGACA